GAGACUGGGGAGCUGCUUUUGAAGGCAGGUGAGGCCCGGCCUACCGGCUCAGGUAAGCCGGGAAGAAUGCAGCAGCCGCCAAACCCUCCCGCGGGCGCGUCGCAGUGACUCAGCCGCUACCAGGAAGGAGGAGUGCUCCCAAACUCUGCGACGCCCCCAGACAGCAGCCUGACCUCCGAGGCUCUAGGGCGCCAAGUCUCCCGCAGCGAGCAUCUAGACGUCCAGGGCGGGACUCCCUCCCGUCCCACUUUCCCCCCAGCGCAGCCACCCCUGCCUAUCCCCGGAACGUGGCCGAGGGCGGUGAGAGAGCUGCGGGCGCCGUGGGGGCCACGCGGGUCCCGGCCCCGACGGCGCCCAGAAGACCUACAAGAGCUGUCCCAGGCCGAUGUCCCAGGUGAGCGGUCAGUGCCCUUCUCGCUGCGACGCGCCUCAUGGAGUCCCCAGCGCUGCCCUGGACCCAGCCCAGACCAUGUCCCUCCUCCCUGGGCUGGAGGUAGCAAGAUCCACUCACCCUGUAGAGGCAUCUUCUGAAGAGGGCUUCCCGGAGGAGGCGGCACCCUCCAUGCCCCAUGACAGUGGUCUCCGGGCUCAGCAGGCUCUGAACAGCAUUGACCUCGAUGUCCCCACAGAAGCUGUGACGUGCCAGCCUCAAGGGAACCCCCAAGGCUGCACCCCACUACUGCCAAAUGGCUCCAGCCACGACCACCUCUCAGAACCGGGCAGUGCAGGGCAUGCGGGGAACGGUGCUCUGGGCGGGUCCAAGGCCCACCGGAAGUUGCAGACGCAUCCAUCUCUGGGCAGCCAGGCUGGAAGGAAAAGCAGAGGCAGCGCCCGGUCAGCCUCACAGGUCCCUCUCCAGGCACAGGAAGGUAAGGCCCCUGCUGUCCGCAUCCACAGACAGACAGCAUCACCAACUUGCUGCUUAAGAAAUGCACAACUCAGUGGAACAGCACUUAGGAGCCUGAGGCUGGAGAGUCAAGGCCAUCGUGAGCUAAAUAACAAGACCCUGUCGCAAAGCAAUAACAAGAAACCAGGUGUGGCGGCGCACGCAGCUAUAAUCCCAGCACUCACGAGGCCCAAGCAGAAUUGCCACGACCCGAGUUUGCUCCCUGGUACCCACGGGGUGGGAAAAGAGUUCUAACUCCAAUAAGUUGUCCUCUGACCUCCACAUAUAUGUGGGAUGGUGUCUUAGCAGUUCAAUAGCUGAAACAAAAACACCAUGACUAAAAAGCACGUUGGGGAAGAAAAGGUUUAUUUGGCUUACACUUCCAGAUCACAGCCCAUCAUCAAAGGAAGUCAGGACAGGAACCCAAGCAAUGCAGGCUCCUGGAGGCAGGAGCUGACGCAGAGGCCAUGGAGGAGUGCUGCUUGCUGGUCUGCUUCGCAUGACUUGCUCAGCCAGCUUUUUUAUAGAACUCAGGACCACCAGCCCAGGGGUGGCCCCACCCACAAUGGGCGGGACCCUUCCCCAUUCUCCACUAAUUGAGAAAAUACCCUACAACUGGAUCUCAUGGAGGCAUUUCCCCAACUGAGGCUCCUUCCUCUCUGAUGACUCUGGCUUGUGUCAAAUUGACACACAAACCAGCCAGUACAUGUGUAUAGAAAGGUAGGCCUCCAGCCCCAGUGAAUCAUUCAGGGACCAUGGGGAAAAAACCGCUAGAGGCGAAGCAGAAGCUAAGGUGAAAGGUAACGGAGAAGACUCAGUGUGAGCCUGGACCCCUUGGACCUUGCUAUCCCAUUCCACUUAGUAAACCAUGCAAAGUUCGUCUGGGCUGAUCCAGAGUAAGCUACCUUAUUUCCAGAAUCAGAAAUUUUCCACAAGGGGGUUGUGGGGUGUGUGCUUAACAUGUGAUGGCUUUCUAUCCCCAGAACCAAAAAUAAAAAAUAAAAAAUAAAUGUUUUUGGAGUGGAC